CCUCAUACUUCUAAAAGUUCUACCCCAUGCAAGGGAUGAAAGUAUUUGAACAAACCAAUAUGACCGAGAUUUCAGUUUUUCAAUAAUUCAUAAAUACUUGAUUCCCCGCGGGCAGUGAGCAUAGUGCAACCGCGUACUGGUUAGUAAGUGAUUGACACUUUCUGCACCGAAAGUACCGCAUCUCCUGUAUAUAGAGCAGUGUCGGCUCAUAAAAAAUAGAAGAAAGGCCGGGACCGACUGCCGCACCAGACACCAUGACCUACUACUGACCAUCGCAUUCCAAGGGCUCCGUCCGUCUUGUAGCUUAGUCGACACGGAAGAGAGGGACGGAGGGAGAAGCAGAGAAAGGAGGAAGAUUCGCCGCCACAAAUUUUGCUUAUUUUUUGGCACGGCGAAAUGCUGCGAAAAAGCAUGGUCAGACGUGCGUUGUUUACUCGGGCUUAUAUUAUGUUGCCAAUAUACCCGAAAGAGGUUGCCAGACGAUCUCAGAAUCUGCUAGAUCAACCGUCGUCUAACCGUCAACGCAACGUGUCCUUUGCGUCCUCCUUGCAUGUAGUCACCAAUGCCACAUUCCUCCGCUAGUCCUCCGUGGCACAAGGUUGGACAAGAUGCCACGACGUGCUUCUUCAAUGAGGAAAAAUGGCAAAAUUCAAAGUUAAUGAGAAUGUGAUGGCACGCUGGCCUGGCUCAAACUUGUGGUUUGAAGCAAGUGUUGUUGACUUCAAUGAUAUUGAAUACCAAGUGAUGUUCAAAGAUGAUGCCAAGUCUGAAUAUGUUCUCAAAUUCAGGGAUGUUAAGUCUCUCGAGCAAUUCCAAAGAAGUCGCUCCAAAAGCCGUGGAAGAUCUAGCAGUCGCGGCAGAUCCACUGGAAGACGAAAGAGCCCAGGGAGAAAAAGUCCAGGCCGAAAGAGUCCAGGCCGACCUAAGCAAAUUAGAGAACCAGUCAUAGAAACAAAGCCUAUGAAAAUUGUAGAGCCUGAGCCAGUCCCAGUAGUCAUCAAGCCAAGAACGCCUUCCCCAAAGCCUGUUGUCCGUGUUGCUAGGGCUGACAAGUUUGCUCCACGAACCUCAACUCCCACAAGACAAUCUGCACGGAUUGCUUCACUGACCGAGAAGCAUGAUGAAGUUGAUGGACAGGUCAAUAACAUCAAACCAGAAGUCAAGACAGCGACAGAAAAUAAAGUUGCUACCCAAACUCUUGGUAGCCAACUGUGUGGACUGACAUCCUGUGUUGGAGGCUGCUUGAAGUCUGCCGCAUGUGCCAUUAUUCCUUCUCUUGCUACUGUGAAGGCACUGAUUGCCUCUUUGCUGAUUGUGGGCCUACCCUUCUUCUGUAAUGAGCUAUGUACCAAGAGAAAGUGCACAAUCCUUGAAUUUCCAAAUAUGCCUCGUAAACUUGAGGUUUAUUAUGAUUUGCGUGCAGUUGGCAUUGUGGCUGCAUUUUCCUUAAUGCAACUUCUCCUCUGCCUGAUCCCCAUUGGACGGAAGGUGAGCCUCCCAAAUGGGGCACAAAUCCGCUGCAAUGGCUAUAUUUCAUUAGUUGUGACUCUGUCGCUGAUACCCCUGUUAAUGUACCUGGACUAUGAUGUAUUGAUCGUCUACACACUCUUCCGUCAAAUAAUGGCCACCACUAUUGCUCUAGCAGUCUUCCUCUCUGUAGCUCUAUACAUUCGAGCUAGAUAUAUUCCUGAUGAUGCCAAGAACCCAGUUGGUAACACGGGCAUAUUCCUAGCCGAUUUGUUCAAUGGACGUGAGACCUGUCCUGCCAUUCGAUCACUUGACUUGAAAUUCUUUGUUCUUAGGCUUAUGUCUACUAUGUGGCUAAUGAUGAAUGUGAUAGUAGUGGUAAAAGAUCUGCAGAUUCACCUUGGCCAGUAUAGUCCAACACUCUUGGUUGCUUGCACUUUGCAGAUCUUCUAUGCUGUUGACUUUGUAUGGUUUGAAGAAUCUAUCCUGACCACUUAUGAAUACACGAAAAAUGGAUUUGGUCUAUUCUUUAGUGUUGGCUCCUUACAAACUCCAUUUUUCCUGACAAUCUUGACAAGACUUGUGCUUAACCAUAGAACUGAGCUUGAAUGGUAUAUCCUGUCUCUGGUUGUUGCUCUCAAUCUCUUCGGUUAUACGAUUUGUCGUGGAUCCAACUCGCAGAAGCAUGCUUUCCGGACCAACCCCUCUGACCCGGCCUUAGCUCAUUUGGAAAGCCUGCCAACAUCUGCUGGAACAAGAUUGUUAGUCUCUGGUUGGUGGGGUGUUAUGAGGCAUCCAAAUUACAUUGGGGAGAUCUUGAUAAUGACCUCCUGGACUCUUCUGUGUGGAUUCAACUUCGCUUUACCAUGGGUCUUGCUUGGACUUGAUGUUCUGUUCCUAGUUGCAAGAACUUAUGAAGUGGAAGAAGCUUGUAGGAAGAAAUAUGGACUGGCAUGGAACAAUUACACUGACCGUGUAAAAUGUCGCCUUAUUCCUAGGGUGUUUUAGAUUGAUCUUUGGCUCAUUUUUUUUUUUUUUUUUUUUUUUUUUUUUUUUCCCCUGAAAACUAGGGACUGUAUUUGGUCUAAGCUAAUAAGUGGACUCUAAAGAAAAAUGGUUAGAGAUUAAAAUUAGAGUUUUCUCUUAAAGAGGUCACAGUUCUAUAAUAAUGAAUUGGAUAAUUUUCAUUUUUUAAAUUUUAUUUAUUAUUUCACAUUACAAUUCCCAGUUGAUUUGCAUAUCAAUAAUUGCCAAGUUUUGAUGGAAGUUUAAAAGACUCUAUUUUUGGUACAAAAUAAUCUAUGAAAUCUCUAUCUGUGUAACAUCAACUUUUCUAUGUUGUGUUAUUAAUAGUAAGUUUACUUACUAUGAAUAUAACUGGCAGAAAGUUUUAGAUGAAUUUUUCAGGUAUAUCAAUGAUGUUGAUAUUUUUGUGGUAGUUUUUGAGGAAUAUACUUGAUAUUUUGUAAGGCUAUAUAUUGAUAAAUAUCCUUACUGAUGAAGAUGCGUGUAUAGGCCAAUAUAUGCACUAAUUCUUUAU